AUGCUUUGUUUCAAGCGAGAGCAAAUUAUAGCUUGUGGGAUAGCGUAUUCUGAUAAAUUUCUCCCAGAUGCUUUAAAUUCGCCAUCUAUGGAUAUAACAUCCUGUGUAUCUGUUCUUACUGAAGCCAAAAGGUUGGGCAUUCUUAGUGACUCUACCCAUAGGAGUAUUGUUUCUUUGCAGAAAGAAGAAAGUGAGAAUUUUAAGUCUAAACCUGAUAUCACUGAAUGUGAGACGAAAGAUGAUGUACAACAUGCAGGUGCUCCUCCCAGCAAAUCAAUUUAUCCUGGACAAUUGCUGCAAGAAGAGCCAUGCCCCGUCCUGGUCAAUCCUCAAGGAGUUCUACUAAAUAUUCCUGGCAUUGACUUCACACAUUGCCCAUGCUUGAUGGUAUCUGCUGUAUUCAAGCCGAGUAUAUCUCUUGGUGGAGGUCAUAGCUCAUAUUUAUAG